UCAGAUCUUUCUUUCUGUCCAGCACAGCCACCUAAGCACCAGCAUGUCAGGCCUUAAUGCUUCACUAGGCUACUUUCUAGCCAUAGUUGGCGUGAGCGCGGUGGGACGGGUGCUGGUCACGCGCUGGCGGCCGAGAUGGACGUUUCUGACAGAGUUCAUCGCCGCUUUCGCUCUCUCCGCUUGUAGACUGGAGGUGGACACCAUCGCGGAGGUCGGUCAGUGGGCCGGGGCGCUUGGGCCUGACGUCGCCAUCACUAUGCUUUUCAUAUCCAUCACCGUCCAUGGCGUUAUCAUGCAGGGCGUGAGUGGAAACCCGUCGGUGACGCUCAUGGGUCUCCUGCAGAAAGACACCGGCGUCGUUGUGUCUGUCCUCAGCGUGGCGGCGCAGUUACUCGGUGCUUACGCCGCGCUCCUAGUGGCUGGUGAGUACUGGCAGAUGGAGCUGACCGACAUGCACAUGAUCAAGAACCUGAUGAUGUCUGAGUGCAGCACGUCGCUGCAGGUCUCGCCGCUGCAGGGGGUCUUCGCCGAAGCCCUCGGAGCCCUGAGCUUUCACCUGAUUUACCUUGUCAUGAAGAGCAGGUCACAGCUGCUGAGGAUUCCCAUAUUCUCCGUGCUGCUGACGCUCAUUGCCUAUGCAGGAAAUAACUACACGUCUGGAUAUGUGAAUCCAUCUCUGGCUUAUGCCAUGACAUUCACCUGUCCAGGUCACUCUUUCCUCACAUAUUCUCUCGUCUACUGGCUCGGGCCUCUGAUUGGCAUGACUCUUGCGCUCUUCCUGUAUUUGGGAAAUAUUCCACUGCUGUUCAGCAGGAAUCUGCUUUACUCCAAGAAGACACGUUUCCGGGUUCCCAAAGGGAAAACUUCUGAAGACAAGACCAGCUGAAGAAACACAGCACUGAUAUACUCACUUCACAAACCAUAGAAACACAUUAGCAUCCAACUAUAAAUCUGCUUAGUUUCAGCAAACCCCUCAUCUUAGGUGAAAUUAUUACUAAAGAACAUUUUAUUUAAUACAUAGCAAAAAUAU